UCUGCAAUCUGCGUCUUGUAUUCAUGAGCGCCACCACACGACGGGAGCACAUCAGUACGUCAUGGAAAGCACACUUGUAUUGUUUGUCAAUGGCAUCAAGGUGACGGAGCCACGUCCCGACCCCCGGGGCAACCUCCUCCAAUACCUCAGACGAAGACUGCGUCUGACAGGUUCCAAGGAAGGAUGCGGAGAGGGGCGGUGUGGAGCUUGUACCGUCAUGCUGUCCCGUUAUGACAGGAGGGAGAAGACUAUCAGACACAUGGCCGUGAACGCCUGUCUACUGCCGCUGUGUUCCCUGCACAACAUGGCGGUCACUACUGUGGAGGGGGUUGGCGACACGAGGCGGGGACUGCACAAGAUCCAGGAGUGUCUCGCCGAGGCUCACGGGGUUCAGUGUGGAUUCUGUACAUCUGGCAUGGUGAUGUCCAUGUACACACUGUUGAGGAACAUCCCUCGGCCCUCCCAGGAGGACAUCCAGUUGGCCAUAGAAGGCAACCUCUGUCGAUGUACCGGGUAUAGAUCAAUUAUAGACGGAUUUACAAAGGCAGCACAGGCCAGAUGUUGUCAAGGUGACGAAGUCACGUGUGCAUGUCGGUCAAAUGAUACAGAAGAUUAUCAGAAGGCCCCGGAUGAUAAGCACACGUUCUGUUCCCGAGAACCAACCCAGGAUGUCAUCUUCCCCCCACAGCUGAUGCUGGGUGAAGACAAUGAACAAUCCCUCACAUUUGAGCACGAGGGAACCACGUGGAUACGGCCUCCCAACCUGCACGCUUUGCUGCAAUGUCUUGCUGAGAAUCCCACAGCGAGGCUCAUCGCUGGAGGCACAACUAUCUUUCUUGACUUGAAGCUGAAACAUAAGCUGCCCCAGACCUUGGUGUCCACCAGUCACAUCCCCGAGUUGACAAGGCUGACGGUUGAGGAUGACCAUCUGGUCGUGGGGGCCGGCAUCACAUUGGAGGAACUUAGGACCAGACUCCCGGGACUCGUCUCGCACCUGCCAGGCUGGAGGACCCGGUCUGUGAAGGUUUUGGGGGAUGCUCUCCGCUGGGUGGCCGCAGGACAAGUCAGAAACGUGGCGAGUGUUGGGGGGAAUCUUCUCAACCCGGCCACAGUUUCGGAUCUUCAACCGGUUUUCUUGGCCAUGGACGCCAUGCUGCACAUCGACAACGCUAAUAGCGGCGAGAGGACCAUCCCGUACCGUGAUGCAGUGAUGACCUCGCCACCACAGCAAUGUCUGGCACCUGGCGACGUCCUCGUGUACACCAGCUUCCCAUUCACUAGACAGGAUGACCACAUGAUGUUCUUCAAGCAGCCAGAACGUCAAGGUUUUGAUACAGCUGUUGUCAACACAGUUCCAAAGAUAACCUUUAAACCUGGACGUAAUAUCAUCGAGGAGCUUCAUUUCACUUUCGGUGGCAAAUGUUUCCAACCAAUUGUGAAAACCCAAAACUGUAUGCAGCACGUAGUUGGAAAGAUCUGGUCUUUGUCACUGGUGCCAACCGUUCUUGCCUCCCUUGAAAACCUCCUUGACAAGUCAGCCAUCACUGACGACGCCCGGCAUGUCGCGAUGGCCCAGGCUUUCAAAUUCAUGUUUGCUGUUGAGGAGACCCUCACUGGACAGACUGUCCGCAAUGCUCCCUCUGCCCUAUCUACUGUCGACUACGAGAGUACCCGAGUGUUUGACAAUGUCGGUCCAGUUCAGCUUCCGGAGGAUGACAUGCGUCGACCUAUCCCACACUCCAGUGCGCUACAGAUCACGUGUGGGGAGGCUGUGUACCUGGAUGACAUGCCGAGAUGUGAAGAUGAGUUGUUUGCUGGACUUGUGUUGAGUACGAAGCCACACGCUCGGGUCGUGAAUGUAGAAACGACGGAGGCUCUCGCGUUGCCAGGGGUGACAGGAUAUGUGGAUCACCAGGAUGUGCCAGGAAAGAACCUUUGGGGAUGUUUUGUAGAGGAGGAAGAAGUGUUUGCUGAAACAAAGGUGAAUUGUUGUGGUCAGAUUAUUGGCCUUGUGCUAGCCAUAGACCGCCAGGUGGCUCUGGAAGCAGCAAGGUGUGUCAAGGUUCAAUAUGAAGAUCUCCCGGCCGUUCUUACUAUAGAGGACGCCAUUCGGGAGAAGGCGUUCUACACUGAGGAACCAGCCACGCCAGCCAUCGUCUUCGGUGACGUUGAAGCCGGGUUCGCUGCAUCUGAUGUGGUCAUUGAGGGUCACGUGGACAUCGACCCACGGGAACACUUCUACAUGGAGAGUCAGGGUGUUCUGGUGAAGCCAAGAGCAGAACAUAACGAGGUGGACGUCUACUGCACGUCACAAAACCCAUCUGGAACCCAGGGCAAUGUUGCAAGGGUACUGGGGAUCCCCCUCAACCGCGUCGUGUGCCACGUCAAACGAAUUGGUGGCGGUUUCGGGGGAAAAAUCUCGAGGGUUGACCUCCUGUCUCAGCCUGUGGCCGUGGCUGCGUACAAGUACCGGAGACCGGUGAGGUGUGUGCUGGACAGGAGAACGGACAUGGCAAUCACGGGAAAGGCGCCAAGGUUUCACACGGAGUACAAGAUCGGCUACACCAAAGACGGUCGGAUCCAGAGCGUUGUGAUGGACAUGUACGUCGACGGUGGCCAUCAUGCUGAUGUUACCUAUAACGUUCUUCAACAAUGUGUGUUGAGUUUCGAGGCCGCGUACCGCUACCCCAACUGCCGGAUAACUGGCUACCUGUGUAAGACAAACACUCCCCCUAAUACAGCGUUCAGGGGGUUCGGUGCGCCGGACAGCUUCCUGGUGUCGGAGAUGAUAAUGACAGAACUCGCCAGCAGACUCAACAUGACUGAAACUCAGGUGCGUGAGAUGAACAUGUUGAGAGAGGGAGACGUGACGGUGUCGGAUAUGUUGCUGGACAACUGCACGCUGUCCCGGUGUUGGCGUCAGUGUCUGGAGGAAAGUCAGUAUGAAGUCCGGAAAACAAAGGUACAGGAGUUUAACAGACACAAUGAGUGGAAGAAAAGGGGUAUUGCCGUUGUUCCGUAUCGAUUCGGAAUCGGCUACAAGGAGAGAUUCAUGUGUAAAGCAGGUGCACUGGUGCACGUGUACGUGGACGGCUCGGUGCUGUUGACCCACGGGGGGACGGAGAUGGGUCAGGGACUCUACAUCAAGAUGAUACAGGUAGCAUCCCAUGUUCUUGGAGUGCCAGCCAGCAACAUCCACACCGCCGAGACAAGCACCGACACCGUCCCCAACACCGUGCCGACAGCAGCCAGUGUAUCUUCAGACCAGAAUGGCAAGGCAGUCAAGGCUGCGUGUGAGGAGAUAGUACGGCGGCUGGAGUCCAUCAAGAACAACAACCCCGACAAGACCUGGACAGACUGGGUGAUGGAGGCCUAUAUGACCAACGUCAACCUGUCAGCAGUAGGACACUAUGGGUCAAGUGAACUGAAUGGCUUUGACUUCAACACCCUCAAAGGGAAGUUAUAUGACUAUACGACGUGUGGUGCUGGGUGCUCCGAGGUAGAAGUGGACUGCCUGACUGGAGAAUGCCAGAUCCUCCAGACGGACAUGGUCAUUGAUGUGGGCAGGAGCCUCAACCCGGGGAUCGACAUCGGACAAAUAGAGGGCGCUUUCCAACAGGGGUGUGGCCACAUGUUGCUGGAGAGGGCCGUGGUGUCGGAGGAUGGAUGGGUGCUGCAGGGGGGACCUGCUGAAUACAAGAUACCCACCGUCAGGAACAUCCCUCGCAAGCUCAACGUCUCCUUGCUCAAAGACAGCGCCAACCCUCAUGGUAUUUUUUCCUCUAGGGGAAUCGGCGAACCUCCAAUGUGCACAGCUAUGUCAGUAUACUUCGCUCUGAAAGCCGCCAUAUUGGAUUGCCGCGUAUCAAAUGGCUGUAGUGGCCAUUUUGACAUGCACGUUCCGGCAACUGCGGAAAGGAUACGCGAGGCUUGCCGCGCGUGUAUCUUCAAGUUAACGGAUUCAAAACAUUAACGUGUUCGUGUCUUCGAGAAGAUACUUCGAAGAAGAACAGUAUGUACUAAUGUAUGUAGGAGGAUGGACAACGUACAAUAGUUUACAUUUGCUACAGAAUAAAAUAUACCCGACACAUUCCAGCUAAUCCAUUUCCCGAGUGGACAUUCACACAAGAUACAUACUAUGUUAGUCACAGCACAUAUUCCAAGGUAACCAACGUUGUACAUGUAUACAACAGUUUGUAUAUGACUGGAUACAAUAUACCCGAUACUCUCUAACUAAUCCAUUACCUGUAUGGGCAUUGACACAAGACAAUUCUAUUUUCGCCACAAUGCAUAUUCAAAUGUAAAGCACGUAAUAAACAGAAUUGGCAUACUGAACUCACAACAAAUUACAACCAGAAUAUCUAGAAUAUACCCAAAAGUAUGACGUGUUCCAAUUACCACAUAAACUUGCAGGUAUUGACAAGGGUAAAAUCAUAUAGUGAAUAUUAAACAGAGUACAAGAUAGUAACGUUUCUCACCUGAGUGAGUGGGCACGGGUGGCCCAGUGGUCGAAGGCGCCGCGAUUCGCUGUGCAGAGUUGCGUCCCUUGGGCAUGGCAGAAACCUAUGAUUGUGGGUUCGAAUCCUGGUUCGCCCCGAUUCUGUCUCUAGGU